GUAUAGCACACUGGGGUGUGAAUAUCUCCCAGAGGAUUCUAUUCUAAUAGAAGCAGGUUUACAUGAACACUUGUGAUGUCACACUGUACCGGUUUAAGAUAAGCGCCUUUACCGAGAGCGCCCGUAAAAUAACCCAGACACUGGAAUGCGUUUUGCGCGCUGUCACGCUCGGUGUUCUUAUCAGCUGCGCUUGAAAAUCACCCCUUCAUAACAACGAGCUAACUGUGGAUAGAUAUGUGUGAACAAAUCGUUUCUCGGCACCGUACUCAAGUCAUAUACACUUCUCUCCAGCGAUGUGUCAGCGUGGAUUGCGCUCCAAGCUCCCGAGUCUGCUAAUGAGCGCGAUUCCAUAUGCAUCUAGCACAAUUUGCGGUGCGCUAGAACCGUAUUUUUACGUGUUUCAGGGAGGCGCUAAGGAUCUUGUGAACUCAUGGUAUGUGACAUAGGAAAAGGUGGACUACAAGUCUUGCUACAAUUAGUACUUCUUUUGAGAUCAAGUCGUGGAGAAACAUUCAUCUUCUUUUCCAAUGCCUCAAACAUCAAUAAACUCGAGCCGAACUCAACAACGAUUACCCCUGUCAUCUUUAACCUUGACAGCGCCGUGGCACUUGACGUGGAUGUCCGAGAUCGCCGUAUUUAUUGGUCGGACACCCGGACAAAGGCCAUCAAACGAGCCCAAAUCGACGGGACAUUUAUUGAGGACAUUAUAACCACGAACAUAGGCGUAUGCGAUGGGUUGGCUAUUGAAUGGCGCACAAGACGCAUCUACUGGACCGAUAGAACGUAUAGAUUUAUUCAGGUUGCGACACUGGAUGGGUCUAGAAGGCACGUGCUGAUCUCAAGUGGACUCGACAAGCCACGUGGUAUUGCUGUACACCCUCAGGCUGGGUUGAUGUUUUGGACGGAUUGGGGUGAAAAUCCGAAAAUCGAGCGCGCACGGCUGGACGGCCAAAAACGCCAAGAAAUAGUCACCUCGAAUAUCGGUUGGCCUAACAGUAUUGCAGUCGACUAUGCCGCGAACAGACUCUUCUGGGUCGACGCCAUAAGAGAUUCGUUAGAAUCUUCCGAUUUAGACGGGAGAGCGAGACGGACGUUAUUCCGCCAACCUGGACUGCAGCCCUUCGGGGUAUCGAUUCUCGGCAAGCACGUGUACUGGAGUGACUGGGCCUCAGAAGGUAUUCACAUGAACCGGAUGGGGACGGGGAAGCUGGAGAAGAGCGUAUACAAUGUGGGCAACAUGCCGAUGGGCGUGGCCGUAUUUGAUAAGUCCAGGCAACCUCCAGGAAACAACACUUGCUCAAAACAAAAUGGCGGUUGUAGCUACUUGUGUCUGCCAAGCGCGACAGGAACUCAAUGCGCAUGCCCCUGGGAGAGUCUGCUGUCCAGUGAUAACAAGUCGUGUGCUAAAGCUUCAGAGAUCUUCAUGCUCGUGUCCGACCCUGAGAUUCCCGCCAUCUACAAGAUCUACCUCGACGUACCUAACCACAACCGCGGUGUACUGUCCGUCAACGAGACCACGGACAUUACGUAUGACCGUUUCGAAGAUCGAAUAUACUGGAUAGACGGAGCCCAGAGAAAUAUCCAUCGGGCUUAUAUGAACAUGACUGAGCAUGAACAGUUUGGGAUGUAUACUGUUCGCCCUGAAAGUCUUGCGCUCGACUGGCUAGGACGGCACUUGUACUGGACGGAUGCGGGUACUAAGAGAAUCGAGGCUGCACAGCUUGACACUGGCAUUCAAGCACCGGUUAUUAUGGCAGGUCUGGACAAGCCUCGAGGUCUGGUACUGGACCCGCCUAAUGGUCAUAUGUUUUGGACUGACUGGGGCUCCAAACCGAAAAUCGAGAAAUCCAACAUGGAUGGGACCAGCAGAUGGACCUUACUGGACAAAGACCUUAUUUGGCCGAACGCUCUCACUAUUGACUACCAAAGCAAACGACUCUUCUGGGCUGAUGCCAAGUUGAACCGCAUCGAGGUUUGCGACUGGUACGGUGAAAACCGGAAACCUGUAUUCGAAAAAAGAGGAAUGCACCCCUUCGGAAUGGCCUUCUUCGGGGAUAAGUUGUAUUGGACUGACUAUAAGACCAAGAGCGUGCAGGAGCUUUCUCUUUCCAGCGGCGUCUCAAAGCCGUUUGUUCGCCGAUUGUCCUUUCCUAGAGGUCUUUACGUAUAUGAUCCUAGUACCUAUAAGACAGCUGUCUCCUCGCUUUGUCAGUAUGCUGGCUGUAGUCACUUGUGCUUCAUACGUCAUGGCGGGUACACCUGCACUUGUCCAUCAGGGUACCGACUGGGAAGGAAUAGAAAGACGUGCAUCAGAGCCAACGAAUUUCUAUUAUUCAUCGAUGCCAUCGCAGUCAGCUUAAACAUCCUUCCUCUUGACGAUACGAAUAUCUGGACACCUGUGUCCGUCCUUCCUGGUAAAGCCGUCCAGCCCGCAGACCUGGACUAUGACCCAGUCGAGGACGCCAUCUUCUGGACUGACACAUUUACGGGUACCAUCAACUCUUACAACAUGCAAACUAGGAAGAGCAUGACUCUACAUCGGUGUAACGUGGAACGCCCGGAUGGUAUAGGUGUUGACUGGAUCGGAAGGAAUUUGUACUGGACGGACUCCGGGAAGGGGCGGAUUGAGGUCAGUAGACUGGAUGGGACGGCCAGAAAAGUGUUGAUUCAGGAUGAUCUCGAGCGGCCUACGGCCCUUGUGCUGUUUCCAGAGGAGGGAACAAUGUUCUUCAGUGACUGCGGCAGCCGACCUAAGAUGGAGAAAGCGUACAUGGACGGCACGUCAAGGAUAACGUUUGUUGACAGAAAGAUCACGUGUCCAACUAGCCUCAAUAUCGAUCGCCAAUCAGAGCGUAUCUACUGGCUGGACGACAACAGAGACGGUAUUUGGAGUGUGUUUUUCAACGGAGCCAACCGAGAAGUUACGUACUUCGAGCGCGGCACGUUUCCUUGGGGGAUAACACUUAGCGGACUGAUAACAUUUGUGUCUGACUGGAAGAGAGGAAAUAUCUACAAGUUGAGCAUAGAGACGAACGUGGAGCUUAACAUUACAGUAGCAGAGGAGAUCAAGAAGCCAACAGCAAUUCGCUAUUACAAUCAGUCCCGCUACAAUUUUGUGGAGUCGCAGUGCUCGCUGAAUAAUGGAGGAUGUAGUGACUUGUGUUUGCUGCGUCCGCACUCUCGCACGUGUGCAUGUGCCACAGGAGUACCCCUGAGUCCUGACGAGAAAACCUGUGACCACGCGGUCUUCAACGGACAGUCUAACGAAAGGUAUCUCUUAAUCUCCGACCUCCAGUACAGGGACGUCUUCAAAGUACCACUCCAUAUAUCUGACUUCCCCUGCCUUUCACUUUACAACAAUCCAAGAACAGAUCUACCCGAGCAAAGCCCAGUCGCUGCCUCUGUGGUUUACAACCCCCGGGAUAGACUUAUCUACUGGACCGACGAACGGCGGGGUGCAGUGAUGAGGGCAUCGCUCGAUGACUCCUUCCGAGAGGUUAUUGCUGAUAAGGGCAUCAUAUCCCCGGAUGGUAUAGACGUAGAUUAUAUCUCAAGGAAUGUGUACUGGACCGAUCCGAAAAGAGGGCGGAUAGAGGUGGCGAGCUUGGACGGCAAAGAUCGGUUGACGCUGACAGGCUGGUCUCCUGAUAAGCCAGGGGCGAUUGUGUUGGACCCUGUUGAGGGCCGAAUGUACUGGGCAGACUACGGCACGAAUCCCAAAAUCAUGACGGCCCACAUGGAUGGCAGCAACAGGAAGAUCCUAAUGGGGGUCGGUAUCAACAUUACCACCGGGCUAGCUAUCGACUUCCGCUUCCGAAGAUUGUACUGGUGCGAUAUGGGUACGGGCAAGAUCGAAAGCAUGUCUCUAAACGGCGGAAAUAGAAUUUCAGUGUAUGACUUAAAUGCUGGGAGGAAGUUCAGGGCAAGGCCGUUCGGAUUGGCGUUUAGCAAGGGCAAGUUAUACUGGGCGGACAUGAUGGCCGGGACCGUGUACGAGCUUGAGGUGGCGACCGGUACAACGAGGGUGGUCGCAUCAGGGCUGUUCUCACCGACGGAUGUUAGGGUUGUCGACCAGAGGGAAUUGUUUGAUGAUGCAGAAAAUCGCUCACCUUUGCGUAAAAACUUCACGAACAAGUGUGGUCACUUGAAGGGUGGCUGCAGUAACCUGUGCCUACCGCGACUAGCUCCUCCUGGUAGGAGGUGCGCAUGCUCAAAAGGUGUUAAAUUAAAGAGGGACGACCCGACGACUUGUGAAGGAGUCUACCGCUGUUCUAAGCCUCCGCGUACGAGGCACCGCAAGGUUGAUCCACUCUGUAACAAUCUCCCGGGGACGAGAUGCACCUUCUCGUGUGAGCCUGGAUACGCCAUGCAGGGACAGGCAACCUUGCACUGCUACAACAACGGCUCCUGGUCCGCGUCCUUUCCCACAUGUAAAGUGAUCACAUGUUUGCCUCCCAUCCCGCCCCGGUACGGUUACAUGGACCCCCCAGAGUGUAACUUUGGUGCGGGUGUCAGCUACGGUGUCACAUGUUACUAUGUAUGUAACAUCACGGCUGGCUUCAUGAAGGAGGGGCCUGAGUCUACCUUUUGCCAAUCAAACGGCAUGUGGACUAUGGACACGGUGCCACCUUCGUGCAGAGACACCAAACCUCCAAUCAUUGUCUGCCCUGAGAACAUCUAUACCCAGACAGACCCUGGAAAGCCCACAGCAAAGGUCACUUGGCCGACACCAGUCCCUCAAGAUAACGCGGACAGGAAGCCGCGCCUGCGAGUUGAGCCAAAGGGGAUGCGGUCUCCACAUGAAUUUCCCGCGGGCGACACCAUGAUCACGUAUACGUCUGAGGACGAGUCCGGCCUGACAAGCUCCUGCAGCUUUCUGGUUACAAUAGAUGAUAGGGAGGCACCUCGGGUCAAGUCAUGCCCGCAUAAUUAUACCGUUAUGACCGAGACGCAGCCGAGUGUGCUCAACUUUCCCGGCAUCAGCUUCGAGGAUAAUGUCGGGAUCGAACGAAUUGAUUUUAUCAAUGGAACCCAGCUGGAGUGGGGCGAUCAUGAUGUGACCGUCCGCGCGCAUGAUAAAGCCGGCAACACCGCUGACUGCAUGUUCAAGACAAUGGUAUACUCCAAGUCCUGUGCUAUAGACUCACCUCUGAACGGAUUCAAGCAUUGCCGGUUUUGGCGAGACGGCGGUAUUUACUGCUUUAUUGGCUGUAACAGUGGCUACGGCUUCUCCACCGUCGUAGAGAAGAUGUACAUGUGCUCGGUUUCGGAUCACUGGAUCCACGCUCGCAUGAGUGUAGAUGGGCUGGCACAUUUUCCAGACUGCUCAAGAGUAUCCAAGGUAAAAGAGGUUUCCAUUAAGGGAGUCCUGUAUUACAAGAGCAGCAUGUGCCUGCGCCCUCACCAGCAGAGGUCUGUACAGCGGCAUUUCUCCAAACUGCUCAACGCUCACGUGUUAUCUAGACUCGAGUGUUGUACAACAAAUGGUACCUGCAAAGUUGGCAAGAUUCAACCAGCAUGCUACGAUGAUAAAGAAUCAAGGCGUCGCAGAAGAGCUGUCAAUCCGUCACCUAGGUUACGCGUCCGGUUUAUGAUUAAGGUGUUCCUAAAGACUGAGGCGUCCUUCUCUGUGAUGAACAGAACACGUCACAAUAUCCUCAACAUGCUGCGACGGGGAAUCAAUGUCAGCGUGUUCCACAUGAUGAUUGGCAAAAACAAGACUUCUGUGGACGUCGACAAGGGAUUCAAUGUGUUGGUUGAAGGCAUCUGUGGAUCAGGUCAAGUCUACAACGACGGGAAAUGUGUGAACUGUCCGAUUGGCUAUUUCCAUAACGCGACCGAAUGUAGUUGUACCUUGUGUCCGCCGAACACUUAUCAAGACCAGGAGCAACAGUCCAAGUGCCACAUGUGUCCGGCCGGGCUUUCCACAUUCGGCCUACAGGGGGCGACAUCUAAAGAUCAGUGCAGAGAAUGCAAAGACUAUGAGCCUGAGGACAAGUACGGUGAUUGUACCACGUGGCGCCAGCAGAUGAAGUGUGUCAAGGAUCGACCGAUGAUGUUCAAAUACUGCCCAAAAACAUGCGGGAUCUGUCGAACCUGGCAAAAGAGGGCGGAGGUGCUCAGUAACAAGAAAGCAAACUCAGUUAAUCUUAAGGCUGUUAUUCCGGCACUAGUCAUCCCGACCAUCAUUGUCAUCUGUAUAGCAGUCGCGGUGAUAAUACUCUUACGGAAAAGGAAGAAAUCAAGACUGAAUAUGGAUAAUUGCCACGAUAAACCAUCUCCAUCAAAGAAAAAAGUUAGAAUCCAACAGCCUAACAGUAACAAAUACAAUUGCAUUCCAGUGAAACAGCUCCAAGUGAGACUUGAAAAGAGACGAAAAUCAAAAAAAGCCAGAGAAAAGGAUAAAAGUACGAAAAAUUACAACGGUGUGGUCUGCGUCUCCAGCCCAAUGCUGCGUCACUCGAACAGCGUGGAGAAAAAACUCGCAAAUGACUCUAUUGUUAGAGAAGAAGACGAAAUAUAUGUAAGAAUACCUCUGCAGAGGUUUCGCGUUCGCCUUGAUGACAGAAAGAAAAGGGACGAAGAUAAGGCGAAAGACGAAGAUGAGAUAGAGCAAGAAAGAGUCUCUAACACUACGCUGGAACUUCAGGCUUUGAACGCACAAAUGGACGCAACCCAGGUGUAACGGUGGCGGGAAAAUUGAGUCACUUUUCUUCUAGAACCAUCCAUCGCAUUUGCGGCUGCAAAGUGUGAAAACCCGCAAUAUUACCCACUGCGUGCAGAGGGGGUCAUUGAGCUGGGCUGAGAAGCGUGCCAUUACCCACGCACAAGUGUAUUUGUGUGAGGCGCUACUUACCUGCCAACAUAUACAUGGAUGAGAGCACAGUCUUGAGCCUCGAGGUGCCGAUUGGUUGAAAGAGGAGGAGAGUUUGUGUAAACGCCGAGACUAGAAAAUGUCUGCCAGGCGUCGUGUAUUUUAAAUUCAUAAAAUCUAUUUAAGAAUAAUAUUUAACUUGUAAAUAUACUUUUUUUAAAGCAGACACCUUAUCGUUGAACGCUGUUGCACAUUUUUCUUGUUCACGUGCGUUGAUUUGUAGCAGUUUUCAUUUUUUUCUGUUCAAGAACACGAAUCUUUUUUCCUGUUAGAUAUCAGCACAAAGUCAACGGGUAAAUCAACAUUUGAUUUGAUGUUGUACACCUUACUUUAAAAAACUUCGCGCCGAAGUGUGUUCAUGUCUGAUAACAAUCAAAGCAAACUCGUUUCCGAAUAAAUAGAUAUAAGAUUUGGAUUUCCAUAUGUAAUCACCUUAAUGUGUGUCGUCGUGGUAUACUAAGCAUUUAGCUGAUCCUGAAAAGGUCCACCUAAAAAGACAUGUCCAACAUUGGAAUUGUCACUUUUUCUCGCAUAUCUAUUUUUUUUUAACUGGAUCAGGGUUAAUUCAAAUAUUGUAUGCAGCAAUCCCUUCCCGAGAAGCAAUUCUAUAAUGAGUCACGUGACAAAAUAAAAAUUUAAAAAAUUUCCAGAUUACAUGUAUUGGUGUAUCACAUGGUUGGCGGAACGCAGGUUUAACGUUAUUUGAGACAGCGGUGCCUUUCGUGGCCUGCUUGUACAUGGCCAUACUUAAUUAUAUUAAUAAUAAUUAUUGCUAUAAUUCGUUUUGAAACUAAAAACACUCUUCUGAUUUAUUGUAUGAUGGGAUCAUGAAAUCCCCUUUCUCUUUUGCAUUUUAAUGCUAGUUUUAUGUUGUUGUGUAGUACAUUUUAGAAAGAAAUCAAUCCUACUACUAUAGUUUUGUAGUGCCUAAGGCUAUUGAUAGUCUUCUUGUAAAAGUGUAGGCAGUGCUCACUGUAUUUCAUCCUUUAUUCUAUAAUUUGAGAUAAAAUUAAUUAAGCAGGGCAUCUCGAGCUCUGUCUGCGCUACAAACUGCGUAUUUAAAUAAAAUGCGAUAUUUGUAAA